GAUGUGAACGUGGCGGGGCGGGCGUGCUGAGGGGCGGCUGGCGGGAGCAGCCUGCGGUCCCUCCCCGACGCCGGCGGCUCCUCCUCUGCUCACCUCAGCUCACCCCUUGCAUGCCGGCGGUGCCGGGGGCGCUGUGGAGCGGGGUACGGGGCCGCCCGCCAUGGCCGAAGCAGGAGCGGGAAGCACUGAGAGCGCCGAGGAGCGGCGGGCGGCGGAAGAUAAGUUCUCUGUGGAUGGGAGCCCAUGCGUGGCCUGUGGAGGGCCCAGCCUCAUGAAUCCAGUCACUAAGGCUGCCACCACCACUUCUUUCAAUGCUGCCGUGCCUGACAUUCCAAGGAAACGCAAGGGAAGUGAUUCUGAUAACCAGGAUACAGUUGAAGCUGAUGGUGAUCCUCAGAAAAGGAGUGAAGAUGAAGAACAUAUUAAAGUAAAAGAUUUCAGAGAGGCUCACAGUCAAACAGAGAAAAGAAGAAGAGACAAAAUGAAUAAUUUGAUAGAGGAAUUGUCUGCCAUGAUACCACAGUGCAAUCCCAUGGCACGAAAGCUGGACAAACUCACAGUGCUACGGAUGGCUGUGCAGCACUUGAAGUCUUUAAAAGGUUCCAGUAGCUGCUACUCAGAAGUCCGGUAUAAACCUUCAUUUUUGAAGGAUGAUGAACUGCGACAGUUAAUCCUUAGGGCUGCAGAUGGAUUCCUGUUUGUGGUUGGAUGCAACAGAGGAAAAAUUCUGUUUGUCUCUGAAUCAGUUUGCAAAAUACUUAAUUAUGAUCAGGCCAGUUUAAUUGGACAAAGUUUAUUUGAUUACUUACAUCCAAAAGAUGUUGCAAAAGUUAAGGAGCAACUUUCUUCAUCGGACGUCUCGCCUAGGGAGAAGCUUGUAGAUGGCAAAACUGGCUUGCAAGUACACACAGAUUUCCAAGCUGGACCAGCUCGGCUGAACUCUGGUGCUCGACGUUCCUUCUUCUGUCGCAUAAAGUGUAGCAGGACCACAGUCAAAGAGGAGAAGGAGUGUUUGCCCAACCCAAAGAAGAAAGAUCACAGAAAAUACUGCACCAUUCACUGUACUGGGUAUUUGAAGAACUGGCCUCCUAAUGAGGUGGGAGUAGAAGAGGAAAAUGAUGUAGAAAAGGACAGUAGUAACUUUAACUGUCUUGUUGCGAUUGGGAGGUUACACCCUUAUAUUGUUCCACAAAAGAGUGGAGAGAUAAAAGUCAAAGCAACAGAAUUUGUUACACGAUUUGCCAUGGAUGGAAAAUUUGUUUAUGUAGAUCAGCGCGCAACAGCAAUUUUAGGGUAUCUGCCACAAGAGCUUCUAGGAACUUCUUGUUAUGAGUACUGCCAUCAAGAUGAUCACAAUCACCUAGCUGAAAAACACAAAGAAGUGUUGCAGAACAAAGAAAAAGUAUUUACAAAUUCCUACAAAUUUAGAGCAAAAGAUGGGACUUUUGUUACUUUAAAGAGUCAGUGGUUCAGUUUCAUGAAUCCUUGGACCAAAGAGCUGGAGUACAUUGUAUCAAACAACACUGUGGUACUAGGUCAUAAGGAAUCAGCUGAAGAAGAGGUCCUCUACAGUUCCCAACCUGCAGAAGAUGCUGUAAAACAGUCUUUAGUAAGUGUACCUGGAAUGUCCUCUGGAACAGUUCUUGGUGCUGGAAGUAUAGGAACUGAAAUUGCAAAUGAAAUAUUAGAAUUACAAAGGUUGCAUUCUUCACCCUCUGGAGAAUUAAAUCCAUCACAUCUCCUCAGAAAGUCACCUUCUCCAGCUUUAAAUAUGAACUGCAGCGAUGUGCCAAAUAAAGAGUUGAUUCAGUUAUGUCCUUCAGAAACAGAAGCUCUAGAGAAUUCAGAGCAAACCCAGGGUGCUAUUCCAUUGCCCAGUAAUGAACCUCUCCUCAGUGGCAAUUCUCAGCUGGACUUUGAUGCCAUCUGUGAGAACGAUGACACUGUGAUGACAGCUCUGAUGAAUUACCUGGAGGCUGAUGGGGGCCUGGGAGACACAGCUGACCUCAGUGAUAUCCAGUGGGCUCUCUAGAGCUGCUUCUGGGAGUAAGGGAAUGUCAAAACCCCUCAUGCACAACAACUCUACAUCCUCAGUACUGUAUCGGAGUUUUGUAAUGGUUCCUUUGAAUUCAGACUUGUUGUCUCUGGAUUUUUAAAGACUAGAGUCUUGUUCAGAGAGACAUAUCUUCUACUGCACCUACGGACAAAUGCAAUAUUUUAUUCAUGAUGAGGAAACCUUGAAAUUUUAAUAUUGAACCAUCUGUAACUGGAAUGCUUAGAACACUUACUAUAUUUUUGCUAAGAAGCUUUAACCAAAAGGUACUGUACAAUGUACAUGAUUACUUUUUCUUAGUUUUAAUGCUUCAAACUUUUAUUUAUUGUUUUUGUUUCAAGUUGCAGAAUAUUAGUUAUCCAUGUUACUUUCUCUAGAACCUAUUGUACUUACAUGGUUUGAGAAUAUUUGUAACUAUUAAAUUUAAUUGAAAUAACAAUUUGCAUACACUACAGCUGUAAAAUAAGGUAUUGUAAUUCUCAAACCAUGCAGUUUGUGACUCCUUGCACUUCUCAGCAGUGCAAUUUUUGCAGUCAAAGGUGAAAAUGAAGCCUACAGUUCUGGGAGCAAGGAUUGGGAUUGGAUCACCCUAAUAAACAGAAGAGAAUGUUUUGAGAAAAACACUCAUUUUCCCAAUACACAAACAUGAGAAAGGAAUAAGAAAAGAGCAACAAACUCUUAAUUACUGUUUUGUAUUAUUUGUAAUGUAUUAUUAGAGAGGCAGUGCAUAGAACCAGAGAAAAAUAAUGCUCUAUUUGUAAUAAAGCACUUUGGUCUUGUCCCACGCUCAUUACUAACUAGAGAAGCGUAAAUGGAUAGUCUUGGUUCCAGAGUGAGGCUUGCACUGUCUGUUGGUGAAAAAAUGUUAAAAGUCUAGAGCAUCUUUUAUGUUUUUGGAGAGAUUGGGAGAAUUUUCUACUGCUUGAGUGUGUGACUUUUAAAAAUCUCUCUGUACUAUAGCUUUGUAAGUAAAUGCUAUGCAGGAUGAUCUUUUUGGAACAGCUUUUGCAAGGAUUGUAUCCCAUUACAACAAAUGACUCAAGAACAUGGCAGUUUAGAGGUUGCAUUAGAACAACAUAGCACUAAUAUAGCAAGAGGAUCUUUUUAUCUCGAAUGUUUAAACAAAUUUUUGCAUAGAUUAUAUAUAAUAAAAUUACAGAUUUUUUUAAUGUGUUCUUCAUGUUUGGGUUUUGGUAGGUUCUUUUUUAUUUUUUUUUUUGGGGUUGUAUUUUUGGUGGGUUUUUUUUAAUUUUUUUUAUUCUGGUAAUGAAAGGAAAGCAUUUGAAGAUAUCUGGUACAUGUGUAUCUUUUUAAUACAUGUAUUUAAAUGUAGGUACAACCCUAACCUCUCUCACUCCAGGUGAGGAUAGCAGCCUGGGCUGGUGUUUUUGGGAAGGCUAGAGUUGGGAACAAAUGGAUUUGGCCGUCACUAGAUGUCAUCCUUAUGCUGCUGGGGAGCCACCCUGUCCUCAUGAGGACACAAUCUGGACAUGAAGUGGCUUCCUCUGCUUGACAGAGAAUAUUAUAGACAAUAUGACUCCUUUGUCAAACGAUGCAUUUUUUGUGAUGGUGAUUUGCUAGAAUGGCUUCUUGGAUUGAUUUUUUGUUUUUUUUUUUAACUCUGCAGAAUUUUUUUUUUUGGCAUUUAAUUUGCAUGUCAUUUACUGCAUUCAGAUCUCUUUUUUACAUACAUGGGGCCAAAAUAAUCAGUUCUCUUGCUUUAUUAGAAUAAAUUUUUCUGAUUUUUCUGAAUUUUGGGGUAUAUCAUGGAGCAAAAUGGAGGAAAUAAGCAGGCACUUUCUAAGAACUGAUAGAAAUCUAUUUGUGUAAAUGAAAUUUGAGAUUCUGCCAUUAUAAAAUGCAUUUUCUCUUUUCUAUUCUAGAAGCGAAUUCUAAAUAAACCAGCAAAUACUGUAGCUCAUAGAUAAAUGACUACACAAAUAACUUAAAAUUAUACAGACUUUAUUAGAACAGUUUUUUAAACUGGAUUAGUUUGGAAACAUGGCAGCUGUUGUUACUGCAGGAGCAAAUUAAUUCUUUCACAAGAUAAGUUUCUAGACACAAACCACUAUUUUUGGAUUCUUGGCUAUCCCUAAAAAAUAAAACCAAAAAUGUAACUUGGAUUCUUUUGCAGUCAAUGACAAAUAUUGUAACUUUCAAUUAAUUUAUUAGAUUUUCCCUUUACUAUUUGUAAGUUUUUUUCUGGCUUAAAGCAGCCUUUUCAAGAAAAAGUGUCACUUGUAAAUAUUUCUAGUGAAAUUAAUAGAUAUUUUUGAAUACAAUUGAGAUAGUAUGUGCUUAUCUUUGUUUGUAUAACAACACAAUUCUAGUAAGAUACUGACAGUUUGUUCCUGGCAUGGUGCAGGUAAUGAUAGGAUGUGGUUAAACCAGGUCAAUAAAUACUGUUUUGAUACCCUG